GCCGCUGUCGCGAUGCGCUUCGGGCCGCUGCUCCUGCUCCUGCUCCUGCUCCUGCUCCCGCUGUGCGGCGCGGGCUCCCCCGCCUUGUCGCGCAGCCUCAGCUUGCGGGGAGGCUGGAGGAUCCGCAGCGGGAACGGCUCGCUGGAGCUGCCGGGGGAGGUCCCCGGGUGCGUGCACAGCGCCCUGCGCCGGCGGGGCUUCAUCCAGGAUCCUUACUACAGAUUUAAUGAUCUUAACUACAGAUGGAUCUCCUUGGAUAACUGGACCUAUAGCAAGAACUUUAAAAUUCCCUUUAACAUUAGCAAUUGGCAAAAAGUGAAUUUGAUUUUUGAGGGCGUUGAUACAGUUGCAAAAGUCCUGCUAAAUAAUGUUCCUAUUGGGAAAACAGAUAACAUGUUCAAAAGAUAUAGUUUUGAUAUUACCAGUGUGGUUAGCAAUGUGAACUCCCUUGAGCUGCGUUUCCAGUCACCAGUGUUGUAUGCGGCCCAGCAGAGCAAAGCUCACACUAGCUACUCCGUGCCUCCAGACUGCCCUCCGCUUGUACAGAAGGGCCAGUGUCAUGUCAACUUUAUUCGAAAGGAGCAGAGUUCCUUUAGUUGGGACUGGGGGCCAUCCUUUCCUACCCAGGGCAUCUGGAAAGAUGUCAGAAUUGAAGCCUAUAACAUUUGUCACCUGAACUACUUCACGUUUUCCCCUAUAUAUGAUAACCAUACCCAGGUGUGGAGUCUUGAAAUAGAGUCUUCUUUUGAUGUUGUCAGCCCAAAGCCAAUUUCUGGUCAAGUGAUCGUAUCCAUACCUAAACUGCAAACACAGCAGACAUACAGCAUUGAACUUCAACCUGGGGAAAGGAUUGUUGAGCUAUUUGUGAAAAUUAAUAAGAAUGUUACUGUAGAAACUUGGUGGCCUCGUGGACAUGGACACCAGACUGGAUACAACAUGACAAUUCUUUUUAAACUGGUUAGAGGCUUAAGUAUUGAAAAAUCAACUAAGGUUUAUUUUAGGACGGUGGAACUUAUAGAAGAGCCCAUUGAAGGUUCUCAAGGUCUGAGUUUCUACUUCAAAAUUAAUGGAUUGCCCAUAUUUCUGAAAGGCUCGAACUGGAUCCCAGCAGAUUCAUUCCAGGAUCGAGUAACCUCUGACUUGUUACGGCUCCUUUUGCAGUCUGCUGUGGAUGCUAACAUGAAUACUCUCCGGGUUUGGGGAGGAGGAAUUUACGAGCAGGAUGAAUUUUAUAGACUCUGUGAUGAACUAGGAAUAAUGGUAUGGCAGGAUUUUAUGUUUGCCUGUGCCCUUUAUCCAACUGGUCGGGACUUCAUGAAUUCCGUGAGAGCAGAAGUUGCUCACCAGAUCAGGAGACUGAAAUAUCACCCCUCCAUCAUCGUAUGGGGUGGAAAUAAUGAAAAUGAAGCGGCCCUGAUGAUGAAUUGGUAUAAUAUACGUGCCAGUGAACUGCAUACCUACAUCAAUGACUAUGUGGUACUGUAUGUGAAAAAUAUUCGAAAGAUUGUCUUGGCAGAAGACAGCUCUCGUCCUUUUAUCAUAUCCAGCCCUACAAAUGGGGCCGAAUCUAUUAAAGAAGGCUGGCUCUCUGUCAACCCAUAUGACAGUAAUUUUGGUGACGUACAUUUUUAUGACUAUAUCAAUGAUUGUUGGAAUUGGAAAGUUUUCCCCAAAGCUCGAUUUGUAUCUGAAUAUGGAUAUCAGUCCUGGCCUUCCUUCAGUACAUUAGAAAAGGUUUCAUCUAAGGAGGACUGGUCUUACAACAGCAAAUUUUCACUUCAUCGACAACAUCACGCAGGUGGUAAUGAUGAAAUGCUACUUCAGAUUGGAUUUCAUUUCAAACUCCCGGAAAGCACAGAUCCAUUACAGACAUUCAAAGAUACCAUUUACCUUACUCAGGUGAUGCAGGCCCAGUGUGUCAAAGUAGAGACUGAAUUCUAUCGGCGCAGCCGCAGUGAGAUAGUGCGUGGGCAAGGAUACACCAUGGGCGCCCUUUAUUGGCAGCUGAAUGACAUCUGGCAGGCUCCUUCCUGGGCUUCUCUAGAGUACGGAGGAAAGUGGAAGAUGCUUCAUUACUUUGCUCGGCAUUUCUUCGCCCCACUGCUGCCAGUGGGUUUUGAGGAUCAAGACCUGUUUUUCAUCUAUGGUGUGUCAGACCUGAGCUCUGACUGUAAGGCGAAGCUCACUGUGAGAAUCCACACGUGGAGUUCCCUGGAGCCCUUGUGCUCCUCUGAGACGGAGUAUUUUGUCAUGAAAGCAGGGAAAGCUGUUCUCCUCUAUGAGGAGUUUGUGCCUAUAUUGUUGGAGAAUUGUGGGAAUUGUACACGCCGGAGCUGUGUGGUUUCCUUUUACCUUUCAACUGACAGCCAACUUUCGAGCCCAACCAACUAUCACUUCCUGUCCUCACUGAGUGAGACCGUGGGGCUCCACAAGGCGCACAUCACUGCUGUCAUCUCUCAGCAAGGUAACACAUUUGCUUUUGAUCUGGAAACCUCUGCUGUCGCUCCCUUUGUUUGGUUAGAUGUAGGAAGCAUCCCUGGGAGAUUCAGUGACAAUGGUUUCCUCAUGACUGAAAGGACGCGGACUGUAUUAUUUUACCCUUGGCAGCCCACCAGCAAGAGUGAAUUAGAGCAAUCUUUUCGUGUGACUUCCCUGAUGGAUAUUUACUGAGGGAUUACAGGUUGUAUUUUCAGCGGACACUGGAAUAAAGCAUUUCUAAGGCACUGGCUGGAGCUGAAGACAACCAGAGAGAAGAUGAAGCAGCUAGGAGAUGUGUCUGCCUGCUACCACAUGCCGGAUUCAUCUCUCUGUGAAGAGUUUGUACGGCGUGUUCUGUCAGUGAAGGUUGUUCUUCAGUCUGUGCCAGGACUGCGAUUUUAGCCCUCCCCCUACACCUCCAGUGCCACAUGACCCAGUUAUAACCCAAACACCUCUUCCUACCCAGAAAAGGAAGUCCACACGUUGUCUUGUCAGGAAAUCAUAGGAACAUGACAGUUGCAGUGUCUGUGGAGCCAAAUUUGGAAGGUUGUGAGGUCAUGUAGGUUUCUUACAGUUAGCUUUGAAAAAUAGUGAAUUAUCAAAAUGAGGCUGCUUUGUUGUUAUUCUCCGAGGAAAUGGAGAUUCAACUGUCACAAUAGAUAGGGAUUUCUGGGUAGUAGUUGUAUUGGUUGUUGUUCUUGGAAAGUUUGAGGCAUUGAUUGCUGCCAUUUGAUUACUCUCUUGGGUAGGAUUCUUUUUCAUUUGUGGGUUUUGUUAUAAAAUAUUGUUUUGACUGGGAUGCCUGGGUGGCCCAGUCAGUUAAGCAUCCCACUGUUGGUUUCAGCUCAGGUCAUGAUCUCAGGGUCAUGAGAUUGAGCCCUGAGUCAGGUUCUGCACUGGGUAUGGACCCUGCCUAGGAUUCUCACCCUCUGCCCCUCCCCACACUUCUCUCUCUCUCAAAAACAAAUACUGUUUUGGCAUUAACAGCUUCUUUUUUCAAAGGCCAUUUAGAGUGAUUCUCCUUUGAAAAAUAAGCUCACAUUGAAAUGGACAUCACUGUGGUCACCCUUGGGUGUCCUAACAUUGUCACCCAUAAUUAUGUGUGGGUUAUAGAUGGGGCAAAAUCCAAUGAACUUUCCAAUUCAAAGGCUGUGAUUUAUAUUUGAUUAGAUUUAUAUUUGUUAACCCUGGCAGCAAAGUUGUACUUUUUUUAGCUUGGGUUUAAAUCAUUUUUACUAAUAUUGAUUAUAAAUUGCUAUAAAAUUGUUUUAUUGAGCAUGAUCGUUUAUAAAUUGCUUUCAUAAUGAAGCAAAUGGAGCAAAAUGUUAAUGGGUGGAGGAUAUGUAAAAAUUCUUUUGUACUGCUCUUGCAACCUUCCCAUAAAUUUGAAACUGUAUCAAAAUUUAAAAGUUAUAUAAAUUGCAUUGACAACAUGGUAUUUCAUCUGUGGCUUAUUUAAUCACUCCAUAAACAUUCAACUGUGUCCAAUACUGUGCUGGGCAUUAACUUCCCUUUAGCUCUGGCCAACUUUUUAUUCUAUUUGAUAAACUGGGAGAAUUUGAAGAAUCUGGAUUAAGGUAUUUGAUGGGUUUUCUCUGGGAAGAAUCAUGGAAUUGGUUAUGGAAUGGAAUGGCAAUGAGAGUUUGGCUUUAAAAUCAAGACUAAUUAGAUAUAGAUUUGGUUUUAAACCUGAGAAGGUUUAGGCCACAGUUCAGUGACUAAAAAGAAAAUAAAUGCAUGCAAUCCAGGCCUCUCCUUCAAUAUAUGAGUUUCCUCAGUUAUUUCAAUAUAUAAAAAACAGUCUUUUGAAAACCUAGGACUUGGGGAUACAACUCAGAAGAUUCUUAGUUGAUAAAUACACAAUUUUCUUGUCAAUCUUGAAAUCCUGUCUCCAUUAAACUAGAGAAUUUUCUAGGCCAGGCACCCUGUGAGGUGGGCUUUGAAAUUCGAUGGACCAAAAUUUAUAUCACAAUUCUGCCCUUUCUAGCUCUUAAGUUACUUAGCUUCUGUGUUCGGUUUUCUUAUGGUGAAACGGGAUUAAGUACACUCCCCUUGUAAGUUUGUUUUGAAGAAUAAAUUUGAAAUUGAGCUAGGGGGACUAGGCCCAGAGCUGGCACAUAGUAAGGACUCUGUGAAUGCAUGCAUCAUCCUGGGGGGUGACCCUCCUGUCCUAGGAAGGGCUGGGCUUCUAGCCACACUGACAUGGAUUGGAAUCCAGGUUGUGAGGCUGAUUGGUUAUUGUGAGCUUGGGUGACUGCUUAAACUGGAGUUUUUCUCAUCUGUAAAAUGGAGAUAAUUCUAACCUUCAAAGUAAGUUGUGAGGACUAACAACUGGAACAAGAUAAGUGCUAUUUAAUUGGUGGUUGUAAUUUGUUUAACAUCAUAAUCAUUAUUUCCCAAUUAAUACAUGAGGCAGGAGUAAAAAUAAAGGAAAUUUAAAGGCAAA